AUGAAGCCCUUCGGCAAGCUCGCACUUGCGAUUGCCAGUCUCCUAAUAAUCCCAUCUGCGAUAGCCGAAUCGAGACAGCGGAACCCGCUCCAGACCGUGACCCGCCUUGAGUCGCCCACCAUCAUAGCACCCUCACAUCGAGUCCAUGCCCACUCCCACUUCCAGGCAACCUUCUCCCUCGCCGACUCGCAACAAAAGGUGAGGCUUUCGCUCGAGCCCAAUCACGAUGUCGUCGCCGAGGGUGCCACAAUCACCUACCUGGGUACAGAUGGCAAGAUCCAGAAGACCGAGCCCAUAGAGCGCCUAGAUCACCGCGUGUUCAAGGGCAACGCCUUUGUGCAGUAUGCAGGACAGACUGAGUGGGUCAACGUCGGCUGGGCAAGGAUACACGUCCACAGGGACGGACCAGAGCCCCUGUUCGAAGGAGCCUUCCAAUUGUACGGCGACCACCACCACAUCCAGACCAAUACCAAUUUCCAGAAGACUCGCCGCAAGGACGAUCCCGAGAUCGAACAGGCCUCCGACGAGUACUUGAUCUUGUGGAGGGACUCGGACCUCAAGGGCGACGACCUAUCGGCCCACAGCCCCGACGAGCUCAAGCGAUCGCUGGCACAAAAGGAGACAUGCACCUCGGACCAGCUGGACUACAACGCCGAUGAGAACCAUCCCGUAUACCGCAGCCUCGACGGCCUUGAUGGCCUCGAUGGCCUCGAAGCAAGGUCGUCGUGGUCUUCGAUGGCUACGAACAUGCUCUUCGGACGGCAGAUGGACGGCACGACGGGUGGUAACGGUGCGGGCGCUAACCUGGUCUCAACCAUCGGUUCGACGUCGGGUUGCCCAUCGGCCAGGAAAGUCGCUUUGAUCGGCAUCGCCACCGACUGCACGUAUUCGGCCGAAUUCGACGGCAACGAGACUGCCAUCAGGUCCAAUAUUAUCAACCAGGUCAACACGGCGUCCCAGCUGUACGAGAGCACCUUUGAUAUCACCCUGGGCAUUCGUAACCUUACUAUCAGCCCCCAGGCUUGUCCGUCCACCCCCAGCUCUGACGCGCCAUGGAACGUCGCCUGUUCCGAUUCGGUCUCGAUUACCGACCGCCUCAAUCUGUUCUCGGAGUGGCGUGGCCAGCAUGAGGACAGUAAUGCGUACUGGACGUUGAUGAGCACCUGUGGCACUGGGUCAGCUGUCGGUCUGGCCUGGCUUGGCCAGCUCUGCAUGGUUGGCUCUUCAAGCUCGUCCGGCGGGAGCAGCAACGAGACGGUUGCAGCCGCCAACGUCGUCGUCCGAACCGACGGGUCCACCGAGUGGCAGGUCUUCGCCCACGAGACAGGGCACACCUUUGGCGCCGUGCACGAUUGCACUUCCGCGUCAUGUGCGGACGGCACGUCGACGAGGCAGCAAUGCUGUCCGCUCAGCUCAAGCUCCUGUGACGCGAACGGCCGUUUCCUCAUGAACCCCUCCACCGGAACAGGCAUCACACAAUUCUCAGCAUGCAGCAUCGGCAACAUCUGCUCGGCUCUGGGCCGUCAGAGUGUCCAGAGCAAUUGCUUGAGUAACAACAGGGAUGUCACGACCAUCACCGGGAGCCAGUGCGGCAAUGGGAUUGUCGAGUCCGGCGAAGAGUGUGACUGCGGCGGAGAAGCUUCAUGUGGCAAUAACUCAUGCUGCAAUCCUACGACCUGCAAGUUCACCUCAGGAUCAUUCUGCGACCCGACAAACGAAGAAUGCUGCACCGACCAGUGCCAAUUUGCCAGCAACGGCACCGUCUGCCGUGCCAGCACAGGCCUCUGCGACCCGGAAGAAACGUGCCCAGGCGACUCAUCUUCAUGCCCGACCGACGACAACGCCCCUGACGGGACGGACUGCGGAGAUGGCUUGCAGUGUGCCACGGGCCAGUGUACAUCCCGGGACCAGCAGUGCCAAUCGCUCAUGGGGUCGCUGGUUACGAACAACAACACCGAGGCGUGUGGCUCCUCGAGCUGCCAGAUCCAAUGUCUGAACGACAAUGUUUGCUAUGAGCUAAACCAGAACUUCUUGGAUGGCACGACGUGUGGCGGCGGUGGUACGUGCAGGAACGGAGUGUGCCGAGGCGCCAGCGCCGGCGACGAGAUCCUGGCAUGGAUUCACGACAACCCCCAAAUAUUCUAUCCAGUUGUGUGUGUGGUGUCGCCGGAGCAGCCGCAGGAGAGCUGUGCCAUCGAGGGCACCGAAACCCCCAGCAGGAUGGGGUUCUAUCUCGCCACCGCCGCCUGUUAUGAGCAGGGGACCGCGACCGAACCAGUAUAUGGGCGGGCCGCCACCGAUGUAUAA